CAGAAACCACCUUUCGUCAUUCGUAUUAUUUAAUUACAGCGAACGGCUCAUGGGACGAGAAGUUUUAUUAAUUUAAUGUUUUUGUAUAUUGUACUCUGCACUCUAUGAGCGCUGCAGAAUCAGAGAGAGAGGAAGGGAGAGAGAUGUACUGAGGCCAGGGCCGCAGGCAGAGAAACAGAGAAAGAGGGAUUGCCGCGCUGUCUCGCUCGCUCUCACUCGCACAUAUGUACAUAUAUUAUUAAAAAUCAGAUUGCGAAUAUUCGACGACUUUUUCAAACCUAUAUGUAUAUGUACCCACACCGCUGAGUCAUCGACGAACAUAAUACUCAGAUCAGAUGUAUGUCACUAAUAGCAUAGCCGAAACUGAACGUUCAUAAGCGUGCCAUAUAUAUGCACGUAUAUAUAUCUUUCCUACUGUACCACUUCCACAUUAUCUAACACAUAGUCCUUGCCCGAAUUGGUUGCCCUCUGAGGUGCGUAAUAUAUAGGAAAACAGCAAAAUGUCCUCCGUUGUGGCGGAUGUACCAGUAAUUGAUUUGGCGGAGGAUCUCGAGGAUGGCGAGAUCGAUGACGAGGAGGACGAGGAGGAGGCGCACCUGCAAGCUCAGCAGGCAAUGAAGCCCCAGCAACAAACGCUCCAGCUGGCUUCCCCAGCGGAAGAAGAUGUCCAAUUUGUGGGCGUCGUUGAAGUCAAGAACAAAGUAGCCGUAGCCAACGAGGAUGUCUUCGUUGUGGGAUUACCACCACCGGGGUCCGAUUCCGGUGGCCAACAACAACAUCAACACAACCACAAUAGUAGCAGCGGCGGCGGCGGAAAGUCAAAGAAACCGCGGCCAUUGGAAGAUGAUCACGCCUCUAGCAUUGAGAACGCCAUUGCGAAUGCUUUGAAGAAGAAGGGCAUCGAGCCGCCAAUGCCACGGAUGCGUUCCCUUAACCAGGACAUGGGCGAUGGCGGCCACACGGAGGGAUUGGGAAUGGCAAUGGGACAGGGAUCGAGUGAGCCAACCACUGGCGGCGUCCUGCAGCCCAGUCGCAACAGCAGGCGAAGGAAGCGCAAAAAAACACGUGAACGCGAGCAGAAGAAGGACAAAGACAACAGCCAGAAACGGGCACGUCGCGCUGAAGAGGACGAGACUUCCGGCACGGCGGCCGCUGCCGACGUUAGCGAUGACGACAUGGACGAAUACGAGAUGAUGAACGUCCGCGGCGGCAGUCCACCGCCCGCUGGUGCAGCAGCGCCGCCCUCAGCCCAAGCCAGCCAACGUUUCGGCGGUCCCGAUUGGGAUAUUAUGGGCGACGGGCCGUCGGGCGGCGGUGCAGGCGGUGGCUACGACUCACAGCAGGAUCCCUACAGCAGCUACGAUUCGUAUUCCGAGGACGAGGCGGCUGCAGCCGGCGGCGGACUCAACAGUCAGCAACGGCGGCGCAUGCGGCGUGACAAGGAGCAGCGUAACAAUCGAAAGCGCAGGGAUCGGGAUCGCAAUGACACCGGCAUGGGCGGAGCAAAGCGCAAUCGUCGCGACUCCGCUGAUGGCGGUGGCAACGGCGGUGGUGGUGGAAUGGACAAGAUGAGCGGUCGCAUCGAUCCUCGCAAACUAGAGCUGUGCAAGUUCUAUUUGAUGGACUGCUGUGCCAAGCGGGAGAAAUGCUCUUACAUGCACAAGGAGUUCCCAUGCAAAUACUAUUAUUUGGGCAUGGAUUGCUACGCCGGCGACGAUUGCCUCUUCCAUCAUGGCGAGCCGCUGUCCGAGCAGUUGCGCAACGUCCUGCUGAAGCACAUGGAAACGGCGCCCAAGGAGAUCCUCGGCGACUUCAAGCGCAAGUCUAGGGACGUUGCUCUGGGCCAGAUGACGCGGCGGCACGAACAGCUAUGCGAGCAGUUCAAGAAGGAGAAUACCUGGAGCACAGUGGUGAGCGGUGGAAUGGGCAGGCGCCAGGACCAGCAUCAACAGCAACAUCAGAUGCAGCAGCAGCAACAGCAACAACAGCAGCAGCAUCAGCAGCAGCAGCAGCAGGCGCAAAUGCAGGUAGCGGAGGUGGGCGGGUGCAUUCCGUCUCUUUUAGAUAUUGUGAUUAACCCACCUCAUCAGGAGAAAAAGCGCAAGUCCCGAUGGGAAGGAAAGACCACAGCAAAGGCAACUGGAGGAGGAGCAGAGUCGGACAACGCAUCCCUAGCAGCGGCCGAGCCCAGCAAGCCAUCGUUGCCGGCCCAUCUGGAGCUGGCCAAUCUCAGUCACGUCCUAAGUCCCGAGCACAUGGCCAAGCUGAACAAACUGGGCAUCAGCAAUCUGGAGCAGAUGAUGCAGGUGCCCUUUGGCCAGCUGAAGGAGGUGGGUCUGACGCUGGUCGAGAUCGGUGAGAUUCAGCGAAUGGCCGAGGAAGCAAAGCCCCCGACGCAGCCGGAACAAGCAGACAGCAAUCACCCGGCGAAGGCGGCGGAAACGGAAACCAACAGCAACUCAAACAGCAAUGGCUUCAUCAUGGUGGAUUACACGCAGUAUUUGAAGGAUGCCCAUGUCAGCUUCUCGACCAACGAUCCGCUGGACGACGAUCGGGACGAUGACGAGCAGCUGGUAAUCGAUGAUGGCAACGAGUCGGCCGCCGACGAGGAGGAGCAAAAGGCCAGCAGUCCUUCAAAGCCGGUGUCAGCGGGUCGCCAGAAUUCCGCAUCCGAGGAGGCGCCUCUGCCGUCCGUGUUCGAUUUGCCAAGCUUCAUGAGCAAUAUGCUCGGCAAGGGCUCAUCGGCGACGCAAGUUUUGCCGGCUAGCGCCACCUCGCCCAGCCAGGAGAUGUCGCCAUCGGUUCAAGCGGGCGGCGAUCUCGCCGGGCUACGACCAGUGCCCGGCGGCAGCAACAGCUCGAAUGUGUUCAGCCGCCUUUUGUUCGGCGACAGGCAACCUGAUGCGGAGGCCAGAGCGGCUUUCUACCGCGACAUCAUACGCAAUCCGUUCAAGGCGCACAGCGGCGACGGGGAGUCCAGCAAUGAGAACUCAAACCACUCGAAUUCACGCUCGGUGACACCGACGCCAACGCCGGAGCCGGGAUCGCAGUCACCCAAACAGGAGGAUGCAGAGACGUCGCAACAGCCUCGAGCCACGUCCUCGCUGUAUACCCGCUCUUCCAUGUACGACUUCGAUCCCAGCCGGGCGGAGAAGCUGCCACUGGGCCGGAAUAGCCGACUGGGCGAGGAUGAGGAUAAUUCGCAGUCGCAGGAUAGGGACAUCGACAUGAGGCUGCCGUUUGAGCCAAUGAAACACUAUAUGCCUGCCACGGAAAUAGAUGCGGCAAUCUUCUCCCAUACUCCGCUUCGCUGGCAGCUGGUUGAGGUGGCUGUGGAACUGCCGGACUACCGCCAGCAGCGGACCAAUGCACGGCACAAGGAGCAACGCGAUCUGCGAGAUCCGCGAGUUCGUCGCAUUCUCGGAUUGCCCGAGUUACCAGACAUGGUUGGGUCCUUGGGCUCCUCCGCAACUUCCACCGCGAGCAGCACUCAAUCGGGGGCAGGCGAUAGCUUUGGACGUGCCGCAGCUGCCGGUAUAGCAUCGCCUGAAUCGGAGACUAGUGCACGCGAUGCCACGCCCGUGUCGCCGCCGCCAGUGCUGAGUAUUCUGCCCCCGAUGAAUACCCCUCCGCCGUUAAUAACUAUCCCGCCGCCAAAUGUGAAGAUGGAGAAGCCCGCUGCUCGAGCCGAUCCACGCCGCGAUCCCAGGAGAGCACAUCUUCAGGCACAGGCCCAGGCCCAGGCUCAAGCUCAAACACCGGCCCAAAGCCAAACGCGUGCCACAAAUGUCUCUGGUGGCAGCAAGCAAAUCUCCGAGAUCCGCAACAUAAUGCAGAGCUCGCCCUGGUACAAGGAUCUUGGCAGCAACAACAAGAUCAUGGUCAACCAACAGCUCGCGUUGGUGUUCACCGAACUGAAGAAGUACCACCAGCUGCCGGAGGAUGCGCCCAAGAUUUUCGAUGUCAGCUUCAUUGUUAACAAUGCGACGCUACAGCAGAUCUUCGCCAAGCUGUUCAUCUUUGUCGACGACAAUGGCCAGGUGGUGCAGCUUCCCGAAGAGAGCAGCAAUAGCGGCGGAUCACGAUCAGGCAUGGGAGUUGGAGCCGGAACUGGAGCUGGAGCUGGUGGAGGCGUAGUCCUCCCGAACAUGUCGCAGCCGCCGCCAAAUCUGGCGCAAAUGCUGCGCCAGCCGCCGCCGAAUGUCAUGCAAAUGUCCGGCAUGAUGAUGCAGAUGGGUAACUAUAUACCGCCUUUUAACCAGCCGCCGCCUUGUCUUAUGCCAGGAGCUGGAGGAGGAGGCGGACCUCCCGUGGGAGUGCCGAACGGCAAUCCCUUUAAUCCCUUUGCCAACAACAACAACAAUGGUGGAGGAGGAAACGGAAACGGAAAUGGCGGAGGCGGAAAUGGAAAUGGAGGAGGCAUGGGCAACAUGAAUUCCAUGGGCAACAUGGGCGUGGGUAUGCCCUUUAACAACGGCAUGCCCUUCAAGAAUUUCAACAACGGAAACGGAAACAACGGUGGUGGUGGUGGCGGAAGACACUUUGCGGGCGGAAAUAAUGGCGGAAACAAACGCAAUCACCGCGGCGGUAACCAGCGGAAUCGCAAUAACAUCUGAGGAUGCACCUCCUCAUGCAAAGAGAAGUAGGAGGAACACGAAAAGACUUUGUUAUGCCAAAAUUAUGAUGAUUAUCCCCAAACCCCCGCCUCCGGCCACUGCCCACUGACCCCAUGUUAUGCCCCAUGUUAUAAUGACCCCUCCCCCUUUUCAGCCUGUCCACAGUUCUUCCCCCACUCCACUCCCCCACCCCACACAAAAGAAAUCCGGGCUUCGUUGACUGCUUUGUAUAUUGUAUUCCUUAUUCCUAUAUAUAUAACGCUGUCACUUUAUAUAUUUUUUGGCUAGGUAUAUGUGAGGAACUCGAGAGAUAUAAGCCCUACUUACCAACUACGUACUGAUAACGUGUAGUCUUAACAAACGAAACUUAAAAGUUUAAAAAAGUCGCUUAGAAAAUGAGCAAAAAGGAGAAAAGUGAAAGAGUAAAAAAUAAUAAGUCGAAGUGCGACAAUUUUUUACGAUAUUUCAUUAUUUAAUUUUUUUUUUUUAUUGUAGGCUAAACAGUUUUAUUUGUAACACCUUUGUACACACUUGAUAAAUCUAGACAUACAAGAACUACAAAUAAAUGACAAGUUGUAAUAAUAAUGCGGUUCAAAAUGUA